GCUCUUGAGCCUGGAAGGAAAAUGAGCUGAGGGGUUUUGUUUUUUCAGAAAGGAACAGGAUAUUUCAUCAUCUCUAUGUUUACGUUUUUCAGAGAAUUUCUGUGCGAGAAAACAAAUCCAUUGUCAGCUUUUUAAAUAUAUCCCUUUGGAGUAGCCACUUAACAUCCUCUGAGGCCCAGAUGGGCUAGCUUGCCGGGACCAAAGGAAAUCUUCGGGUCUGGAAGGCGGCGAGAGAUCACAGGCUUUGUAGGUCUCCCGCGCACCCCGAUGACGUCACGCGGCGACGUUCUCUGACGUCAGAGUUUCCUGCCCACCAUCUUUGUCCCUGGCAAAGUGGGUUUUGCGCAGUGGCUUAGACCUAGAAAAGAAUCGUGACGGGCAGGAAACCAUUACACCACCACCCGGGCUGUGCUCUCCGGCUCCCGCCGCCACCCCCGCCCUCGCCUUCGCCUCCGCCUCCGCCUCCGGUGCACAUUAAAGAUCCAGAGUCAUGACUGACUCCAAGUAUUUCACAACCAAUAAAAAAGGAGAAAUAUUUGAACUAAAAGCUGAACUCAACAAUGAAAAGAAAGAAAAGAGAAAGGAGGCUGUGAAGAAAGUGAUUGCUGCUAUGACCGUGGGGAAGGAUGUUAGUUCUCUCUUUCCAGACGUAGUGAACUGUAUGCAGACUGACAAUCUGGAACUAAAGAAGCUUGUGUAUCUCUACUUGAUGAACUACGCCAAGAGUCAGCCAGACAUGGCCAUCAUGGCUGUAAACAGCUUUGUGAAGGACUGUGAAGAUCCUAAUCCUUUGAUUCGAGCCUUGGCAGUCAGAACCAUGGGGUGCAUCCGGGUAGACAAAAUUACAGAAUAUCUCUGUGAGCCGCUCCGCAAGUGCUUGAAGGAUGAGGAUCCCUAUGUUCGGAAAACAGCAGCAGUCUGCGUGGCAAAACUCCAUGAUAUCAAUGCCCAAAUGGUGGAAGAUCAGGGAUUUCUGGAUUCUCUACGGGAUCUCAUAGCAGAUUCAAAUCCAAUGGUGGUGGCUAAUGCCGUAGCGGCAUUAUCUGAAAUCAGUGAGUCUCACCCAAACAGCAACUUACUUGAUCUGAACCCACAGAACAUUAAUAAGCUGCUGACAGCCCUGAAUGAAUGCACUGAAUGGGGCCAGAUUUUCAUCCUGGACUGCCUGUCUAAUUACAACCCUAAAGAUGAUCGGGAGGCUCAGAGCAUCUGUGAGCGGGUAACUCCCCGGCUAUCCCAUGCCAACUCAGCAGUGGUGCUUUCAGCGGUAAAAGUCCUAAUGAAGUUUCUAGAAUUGUUACCUAAGGAUUCUGACUACUAUAAUAUGCUGCUGAAGAAGUUAGCCCCUCCACUUGUCACUUUGCUGUCUGGGGAGCCAGAAGUGCAGUAUGUCGCCCUGAGGAACAUCAACUUAAUUGUCCAGAAAAGGCCUGAAAUCUUGAAGCAGGAAAUCAAAGUCUUCUUUGUGAAGUACAAUGAUCCCAUCUAUGUUAAACUAGAGAAGUUGGACAUCAUGAUUCGUUUGGCAUCUCAAGCCAACAUUGCUCAGGUUCUGGCAGAACUGAAAGAAUAUGCUACAGAGGUGGAUGUUGACUUUGUUCGAAAAGCUGUGCGGGCCAUUGGACGGUGUGCCAUCAAGGUGGAGCAAUCUGCAGAGCGCUGUGUAAGCACAUUGCUUGAUCUAAUCCAGACCAAAGUGAAUUAUGUGGUCCAAGAAGCAAUUGUUGUCAUCAGGGACAUCUUCCGCAAAUACCCCAACAAGUAUGAAAGUAUCAUUGCCACUCUGUGUGAGAACUUAGACUCGCUGGAUGAGCCAGAUGCUCGAGCAGCUAUGAUUUGGAUUGUGGGAGAAUAUGCUGAAAGAAUUGACAAUGCAGAUGAGUUACUAGAAAGCUUCCUGGAGGGUUUUCACGAUGAAAGCACCCAGGUGCAGCUCACUCUGCUUACUGCCAUAGUGAAGCUGUUUCUCAAGAAACCAUCAGAAACACAGGAGCUAGUCCAGCAGGUCUUGAGUUUGGCAACACAGGAUUCUGAUAAUCCUGACCUUCGAGACCGGGGCUAUAUUUAUUGGCGCCUUCUCUCAACUGACCCUGUCACAGCUAAAGAAGUAGUCUUGUCUGAGAAGCCACUGAUCUCUGAGGAGACAGACCUUAUUGAGCCAACUCUGCUGGAUGAGCUAAUCUGCCACAUUGGUUCUUUGGCCUCUGUGUAUCAUAAGCCUCCCAAUGCUUUUGUGGAAGGAAGUCAUGGAAUUCAUCGUAAACACUUGCCAAUUCAUCAUGGGAGCACUGAUGCAGGUGACAGCCCUGUUGGCACUACCACUGCAACGAACCUGGAACAGCCUCAGGUUAUCCCCUCUCAAGGUGAUCUUCUAGGGGAUCUUUUAAACCUUGACCUCGGUCCCCCAGUCAAUGUGCCACAGGUGUCCUCCAUGCAGAUGGGAGCAGUGGAUCUCCUAGGAGGAGGACUAGAUAGUCUGGUGGGACAAUCCUUCAUCCCAUCAUCGGUGCCUGCAACCUUUGCUCCUUCACCUACACCUGCUGUGGUCAGCAGUGGACUGAAUGACCUGUUUGAACUCUCCACAGGGAUAGGCAUGGCACCCGGUGGAUAUGUGGCUCCUAAGGCUGUCUGGCUACCUGCAGUAAAGGCUAAAGGCUUGGAGAUUUCAGGAACAUUUACUCACCGCCAAGGGCACAUCUAUAUGGAAAUGAACUUCACCAAUAAAGCUCUGCAGCACAUGACAGAUUUUGCAAUCCAGUUUAACAAAAAUAGCUUUGGUGUCAUCCCCAGCACUCCUCUGGCCAUCCAUACACCACUGAUGCCAAACCAGAGCAUUGAUGUCUCCCUGCCUCUCAAUACUUUGGGCCCAGUCAUGAAGAUGGAACCUCUGAAUAACCUCCAGGUGGCUGUGAAAAACAAUAUCGAUGUCUUCUACUUCAGCUGCCUCAUCCCACUCAAUGUGCUUUUUGUAGAAGAUGGCAAAAUGGAGCGCCAGGUCUUCCUUGCAACAUGGAAGGAUAUUCCCAAUGAAAAUGAACUUCAGUUUCAGAUUAAGGAAUGUCAUUUAAAUGCUGACACUGUUUCCAGCAAGUUGCAAAACAACAAUGUUUAUACUAUUGCCAAGAGGAAUGUGGAAGGGCAGGACAUGCUGUACCAAUCCCUGAAGCUCACUAAUGGCAUUUGGAUUUUGGCCGAACUACGUAUCCAGCCAGGAAACCCCAAUUACACGCUGUCACUGAAGUGUAGAGCUCCUGAAGUCUCUCAAUACAUCUAUCAGGUCUACGACAGCAUUUUGAAAAACUAACAAGACUGGUCCAGUACCCUUCAAUCAUGCUGUGAUCGGUGCAAGUCAAGAACUCUUAACUGGAAGAAAUUGUAUUGCUGCGUAGAAUCUGAACACACUGAGGCCACCUAGCAAGGUAGUAACUAGUCUAACCUGUGCUAACAUUAGGGCACAACCUGUUGGAUAGUUUUAGCUUCCUGUGAACAUUUGUAACCACUGCUUCAGUCACCUCCCACCUCUUGCCACCUGCUGCUGCUAUCUGUCCUUACUUGUGGGCUUCUCCAUGCUGUGCCAAUGGCUGGCUUUUUCUACACCCUCUUUUGAGUGUAGUUUGGUAUUUUGUAAUUGAGAGCUCAUUUCAAAAGCAGAAAAAGACAACAAAUAUUAAAGCAAGGAAAAGUGUAACUGAAACACUGCACUUUAUUGUUUUAUACUUUUGUACAUAUGAGAAAUCAAGGGAUUAGUGCAACCGGUAGAAAGCAUUGAAAUGACUGUCAUUAACCACACAGUCCUGGAGGCAGAGAUGCAGUUACCUACCCUAGCUUUUGAUGGGUUCUCUUAUCUGUGGUAGCCUUAUCCCUGGUCAUUUGGAUUUUCAGUUUGCUUUUUUCUUAUUUUCCCCUCCAAACUCCUUUUCCUUGGCCAAGCCUUCAUGCUUCCCCCUUUCCAUAUUAUAAUCUCAUUUGAUUGCUCUGCAGUUGGGAACGGUGAUCUUCUUGAAUGAUGCUUCAGUGUGCAAAAACUAUAGAGCCGUCAGCACCAAAGCUGACAGAAGUUACACCUUACUCCUUUCCUUUCCCCUGAACAAACCUGCUAAUCCCACUAAUUCAGGAAUUUGAGUAGAGAUGGGGAACAAGAACCCAGAUGCUGUCCCCUCACCCCCUCUCCUGUAUUUCUCAGGUCCAGUUCAAAUCUAAAAUUCUACUUUUAGAGUUGAAACAGAGUAAUAACUUAUCCAACCCUCUUUUCCUACAAAGGAGAAAGAUAAAAGGCACAAAGGUUACCGCCAAGGCCCGUCAGCUGUGUAGUGGCAAAGCCGAGACCGAGUCUCCUAAGUCCCCGUCAGUGUGGUUUUCACCACAGGACUGUCUCUUGUCGUUUGCCCCUAAUGCCUUCUCCUGCCUUUUCUGUGCCUACUUUUUGGCUCUUCACAUAUUCCAUAUUGAUUUUGACGCUCUGUAUAUUGGCAUCAGGUGGCAGCUGAAUAUCUUUUGAAUUACUCGAAGGUAAAGCCAGAUGCCAGAAUGAAGGCGUAGCCAGUGUUUCCCAUAUGCCCCUGGAGCCCCACUUAUUGAGGCCAGCAGAAUAGGUGCAGAGAUGAAGUGAGCUUAGAGAUGCUGCAAAUGCUCUUUAUCCCUUCAGCUCUCUGAUCUGCUCUUUCUUCAUGAUACUUAGUCUGCAGGGCAUAUUAAGAUCAUCCCAGAGGUUCAGGCAGUUCCUGUCAUCUCUGAAAAGACUGGGGGAUAUGAAAUCUUCCCCCUACCCCCCUUAAUGCAUUGGAUAUGAUUUUUCAAAGAAUGCUUCAUGCCCAACAUACCAGCCUGUUUAGCAGUGUUACACUGUUUGAUCUGCGGGCACUUGUUGCAUUGCCUGGCACCCAAUAUUCAGGGUCCAUGACUAAGACUGGUCUUCUCAGAUGCCCUGCUUAAAUCAGGGGCACUUCAGGCUCCACAGGCGUCAUGUUGGACUGAGACCUAACUCACUGGACUCAGAGGAGGAAUCAUGGAAAACAAGAGCAAAACUACCCCACACCCCUAUUUCAUGUCUGAAAUAACCCUGCUUCAUACCAGUUGCAAAGCUUGUGGGGAGCGGUCCCACAAAGCACUUUCUUAAACCUUGAGAAUCUCCAAGAGAAAAAUAUAUGGGGAAGGAGGGAGGAAAUAUGUCCCUUGCACACCACCCCUGAAGCACAUGGCAGUAGGAAACAGCAUAGGAUUGUAUGUGGGAGGUGGAUAGGUCAGUGAUGUGUGGGGUGGAAAAGCAGGUUGGUAAAGUUCCCUUCUUGGGACUCAUUCCUGGAGUCAGUGGAUACAAGUAGUGCAGAAGGUUCACACUGCAAAUAGUGUUCUCAUCUCAAAGCAAACUAUCAUUCCAGAAGGAAAAGUGUGUCAGGGCAAGCAGACAACACAAUUUCCUAUCAGAAUAUGUCCCUCAACCCCCGAAACAAGGCUUCUCUCAGCCUCCCCACCAGUGAUGGAUAACAGCUCCUAUUCUCAGCUGACCUGACUGAGCCAACCCGUGAACUCUUCACUCCUUGGGGAAGCCACCUCCCAUCACACCCCUGAGCAGAGUUAGGGAGGAAUUCUACUUCCUAUAAAAGGACCUCUCCUGAGAGGCAAAACCUGUUGCCUCCACCACGGCUUCCCUCUUGGCUCAUUCCAAGCUUGGCCAAAUUGGGGAAGUGGGAAGGAGGUUGCCCUGCAUCCCCCCUCCUCUGCCUGAGUGUGUCUUUGUAAUGUCAGCUGGCAUCAUACAAAGAGCAGGAGAAGCAAACACCCAGAACUCUUUUGCUGGUCAGAGAUUCCCUGAGUGUCUGUCCUCACCCAAGCCUGCUCUGUGUGUCUGUGUUGUGAAGCUUGAGACUCUGGAAAGAAAUGGGGAGGGGGGGCAGGGGAAAUGUUGCCCUAAGAAUGCUUCUCAUUCCUCUGUUCUUAUUGGGUCCUGUUUUUCGGGAGGGUGGGGGCUGGGGGAAGCUUGACCUUGUGUCUUCGUCAAUAAACUCACAUUUACACAAAA